AAAAAAAGUUACAUGUCGUUGUGAGCAGAGACUUUGCAGUUGACAGUUUGCCCUACACCAUGACUGCAUCAGCUACCAUGGCGCCCUCAACAAUUAUUCAAAAGCGGCCACAAGACACUCCGUAUCAGCUUGAUCCUGAACAGACGUUGAAAGCCUCACGAGCCCUCCUGCAGCACGUCCAGGCUGAAACCAAGCGCUUACAAGAGGCAUCCUCCAAGCGAAAUCUCCUCGAUGCCGACAAUUCAGACUCUGAAGACGACCCUUCGGCCGAUCCAGAAGCGCCCAUAUGGCUCACUCUCACCACCAAGCAACACAUUGUGGACAAAACUCGACUAAAGCCCAGCAAAGUAUCGGUGCCGCAUUCCCUCAAUACGUCUCCAGAUCUUCGAAUAUGCCUUAUCACGGCCGACCCUCAGAGAGCAGUCAAAAAUGUCGUUGCUGAUCCAGCUUUUCCUGCAAGCCUGAAAUCUCGCGUUACCAAAAUCAUCGGCUUCACCAAGCUAAAAAAUAGAUACAAGACAUUCGAGACACGACGACAGCUACUGGCUGAGCACGAUAUCUUUCUUGCUGAUGAUCGUAUCAUUACCCGCUUGCCGGCAACGUUGGGCAAGAUCUUCUACAAGGGCUCUUCAAAACGACCUAUUCCUAUUACUAUUGCGCAGUCGCAGCGGGCUAAGAACGAUAUUAAGCAGAAAGCGACCAAAGGAGAGGGAGCUGCUGCACCUGCUGGGCCGGCUGUGCUGGCAAAAGAAAUCGACAAAGCAGUCGACGCGGUGCCAGUUAAUCUUAGGCCCGGUACAUUGGUUGCAGUCCGAGUUGGUUUGGCUUCUUUUGGACCAGAACAGCUGGCGGAGAACAUCGCUGCAGUAGUACAGAACUUGAUCGAGAAACAUGUGGUCAAAGGUUGGAAGAACGUCAGAGGCAUUCACAUCAAAGGCCAAUCCUCAACUGCUGUACCCAUCUGGCUUGCCGACGACCUUUGGACGGAGGCAGAUGACAUUGCUGCUGCUGAAGCCAUUGAGGAGGGCCACCUGGAAAAUGAAGCAGAGCAGGGGCAGAAGCGUAAGAGAAGCUCUAGAACCACCAAAGGUCCACAGGCUGGCACUCGUAAACGCACGAAGGUGGACGGGAGUGAUGAAAAGCAAGCAGAGCGGAAAAGUGCUGAAGCCCGCAAAAGCAAAAUUGCAGCUCAAAAGGCCAAGAUCUUCGGCGAGGAGGUAUAACGCUGGCAGAAGGACAGUAUGGCGAGAUUGUACGAUGUCAUGAAUGAAUUUUGGCAUGAAAUCGCAAGAUUUCAAGCGGCGUUAUGGUCACCACCAAAAUAUGAGAACCAUUCCUUCUUCGGAAUGUGUUGUCUGUUGCAUAGACUAGUUAAGACAGCAUGUAUGGAGUAUGGAUAACUUUUCUCUAAUCAUGAAGUAUCUGCAGAGGC